AUGAGCCUUCGCUAUAAACCGAGGAAAAACUCCAUAAGGAAGCCAAAGGUGAAUCCUCUGAGUGAUCUUAUCGGAACGGAGAGGAAAUACCUUGAUAAUUUGAAAAUGUUGCUACAGCGAGUCACAUCACCCUGGAGUUCAGAUAAUUUACCUCCGCCUGGAUCGGAAGCGUUGUUUCAGUGCAUGGAGGAAAUUUACAAGAUAAAUCAAAACUUUUACUUGAAACUAGCGAAGCUUGGUGGCGACAAGAAAUCAGCAAAGGAUCUCGGUGAUACAUUGAUCAAUUGGAUAGAUGAAAUGGAAGGAUCAUACACGGAUUAUUGCCUAGAGUUUCAACAGGUUAUUGGAAUUCUGCCGGAGAUCGAAGGACACGUAGCAUUGCAGCAAGCACUAAGCGACAUUUCUGCGGAGAUUAAUCUUCCGGUGUCGUUGGGCUUCUUCACCGAGAUGCCGAUGAAGAGGAUUCGUUAUUAUAAAAGAUUAUAUUCACGUAUGCUUAAUCUUACCGAACCUGGAUGUUCGGAUCAUGAGAUCUUAUUGACCGCGAAUAAUCGUAUCGACGCAUUAAUUGAACUGGGGAAGCGAUCGGGGGCGUUGACCCAAAACGGAAAGGCCAGGGUGCUGGCGGAUAUACCUGCACGAAAUUCUUCGCCACCAAAAACCUCAACAGUUAUUCCACCCGUCCUCCGAAAUAAAAAGAAAUUCGAUUCACUCGAAAAUCAUGAAAACACUUUUCCGGUAGUGAACAAGGAAUCUCCUUCAGUAGCCGAACAACCUCGGGAGGAUGGUUUAAAACAGGAAGAUCGAUCAAAUCAAGAUUCCUCCGAGCCACAGUUGACAAAGGUUUGGACUUUGUCGGAAUUGGAAAAGUGUAUUGACUAUUCUCGAGUGAUAGAUUUGAUUUCCAGGGAGGUCAGGAAUAUGUCGGUUUCUUUGCUGCCACAAAAUUUACCGUUCGAUAGAAGGCUAGUUUUGCACUCUGAUUUUGUUAUGGAAAUUCCGAAAAUCCAAGAAUCUCAAGGCAGUACCAGGGCCUACAUCAACGCACACAUAUUCCUGCUGACCGAUCUUAUGUUGAUCUGCCAACCGAUCGAACCAGAGGUAAAACGAAAGAACCCGGAUCUCGAAUUCUAUCUAUUGUAUCCGCCGUUGAGCGGAAGGCAUUUAUCGGUCGCCGAUAUUAGUGACGAAGGAGAAAUGAUAGAAAUAUCUCUCCUGAAUAAAGAGACGCUGGUAUUAUUCCCGGCCGAUGCGGAGACCAAACUUGCUUGGUUGAAUGAAUUAUCAAAAAUUAUAGAGUUUGCAAAUAAUCCAAGGCGAACAAUCAGCAGUUUCGUGAGGAAUACUCGACUUUUGCAUGGUCUGAAGAAAAGCUCAAGCUUGGGAACACUGUCGAGGUCACCAUCGUAUAGAGAAGCUGGUGGUCAAGAAUCGGAGUCACCUGAAGAUCAAUAUGUCACCACGAAAUCUGAUCACAAGACCUCGACUGGUGCUGACUUCGCGUCAUCUCCUGAUAACACAAAACCAGUAGUACCACAUGAUAACCGCUCGGAUUCCAAGAUAAUAUCCACACAAAUACCCCUUGAAACAGGUGUUCCAAAAUCUGGGGAAAUGAUGCUGAAGAUACCCUCGAAAACCGAAUUACUGCCAUACGGCAAUCUCACGAGAUCCAACACGACAUCGAAAGUUGGACUUCCGGUCGGUUCUAAUCGGAACAGAGAUAAGAAGGGUAUGCGACGUUCGUCUACUCCAGAACCUCCUCGAGGCUCGGGUGGAAAAUAUCCAGGAGAUUAUACGCCAAGUGAAAUUAUCAAGGAUCGAAGUCACAUUCAAGAGCGCAAUAGCGAUCCCACAUUCAACUCUCCAACGCGAGAAUUGACACCCAUAACGCGUGAGCGUUCAAUUCGUUCAACAAGAAGCGUGGAAAAGUUCGAGGAAAUCAUUUGCAGGAUAUCAUCACGUAGUGUUGAUCGUUGGGGUGACGGCAGAUGGGAACCACUGACCGUAGAAGACGAUUUUAUCGCCGAGGUCAAGAUCACCUCCGCGAACGCGGGAUGCUGGACCAUUCUGUUGCAACAGACCGAUCAGAUGAUUCUCAACUCGUGGAUACACCCGGGCACCACCAUACACCUAGACUCUCCGACACACGUCAGCAUAUCAUGUGACAUCGGACAGAGCAUGGAAUAUUACCGCGUCACUUGUCUCAAUCCUGAAGACGCGGAACGAUUUUUUGAGAAUCUGAAUAGGGUCAAGAGUUUGUCGAACAAAAACGUUGUGAUGCAGGGGAUCUUAAAAUCCCGUUCAUCAUCGUUGCAAAAAAGUGAGGUCAAAGACACUCGGGUUUCUACAAUGCGAUGGUACCCACUUACGCGUUUGGAUUCACUGCAAUCAAGUGAAACAGAGGACCAAGAACCCGAUUUUAAUUCAGAGCAAAUGAUGGAGGAGAAGAUUAAGGUGUUUUUGCAGAAAGGUUACGGUGCAUGGACGAAUCUCGGAUGGGGCACGAUGAACUUGUCGGUGGAGGCAUCGCAACGGAAGAGAAUUAUUAUUAAUAGUAACAAGCAAAAAGCGAAAUUGAUAGACGCCAUACUGUUGGAUGAUGGAGUGGAGAGAAUAGGUAAAACAAAUAUUGCCAUCACCCUGAAUCGCAUUGAUACAACCAGGAGGAUUGUUUACAUGAUGCAGCUGAAGGACGAGAAAACAGCUGAACGGACGUUUCGUUUCAUGAAGAAAAUUGACGGUCAAAUUCGAUGA